UCAUCAGUGUGAGCUUCCUCUGUUCGAUGCUCUUCAAUUCUUCAAUUCCUAAAAACAAGAAACCGGAGAUCUGCACUGCAAAAUAAAAAAAUAGUAACUAGUAAGUGUGCAACAGAGAAGAGUUGAAUCUAGUAAGAAAGCUGAGGUUGGUUGUGUGUGAUGAAGUUAGAGGGUACUGAGAUUUUGAAGUGCAACUAUGCAGCAAGAAACAUCCCCAGAGGUGUGGUUCUGUUACCCUUCACUCUUGUUGUGAUAGUGCUCCUCUUUCCUCUCCUCAGAACCUUGAAUCUAUCAGCUUCUAAGAUAUUUGCCACAAGCUUUGAAUCUAAAGAAGAAACAAGAAGGAGUAGUUGCAAUGUUUUCUCUGGGAACUGGACUCCUUAUCUGAAGGGACCGUACUACAACAAUGAGACAUGCCCUUUCAUAUUUGACAAGCAGAAUUGCCUUCUGCAUGGAAGACCUGACAGGGAGUUUCUUCAAUGGAGAUGGAAACCUAAUGAGUGUCAGCUUCCUCUCUUUGAUGCUGCUCAGUUCUUGAAGAUGGUCAAAGGGAAGUCAAUGGCCUUUGUUGGGGAUUCAAUCGGGAGAAAUCAAAUGGAGUCCUUGUUGUGCCUCCUUAGUUCUGUUGCACGUCCUGAAGAUAUUACAGGGAAACACGCAUCAGACAGCACAUACUUCAAAUGGUGGUUCUAUCCUGAUCACAAUUUCACUCUUGCAUUAUUAUGGUCCCCCUUUCUAGUCAAGUCCAGCAAAAGUUAUCUCAAUGAUAGUUCUAAUUUCUACCUUGCCGAGAAGCUUUAUCUCGAUGAACCAGAUGAAGCUUGGGCUAGUCAAAUUGAAGACUUCGACGUUGUGAUCUUAUCUGGAGGACAAUGGUUCUUCCGACCGCUAACAUUCAUGGAACACGACCAGGUUGUUGGAUGUCAAAAAUGCCAGAACAACACUGAGCUCGACUUCUAUGGAUACAGGAUCGCAUUCAGAACAGCUUUCAAGACCAUUUUAAAUCUUAAAGGGUUCAAGGGGUUGACAUUUGUGGUGACACACUCUCCGAACCACUUUGAGAAUGGGCUGUGGAACACUGGUGGUGGUUGUAAUAGAACAAAAUUAGUUACCACCGUGGAAGAAAAGGUGGCAGUGCAUCCAUAUGGAAUAGAAGAAUUGCACCAAAUACAAAUAGAAGAAUUCAGAGAGGCAGAAAACGAAGCUAAGAAGAAGGGUUUGGAGUUGGGUUUGAUUGAUAUAACUGAAGCAAUGCUGGUGAGGCCAGAUGGGCAUCCCAAUAGUUAUGGGCAUGCCGUUGAUAAAAACAUUACCGUCAAUGAUUGUGUUCAUUGGUGCCUGCCAGGUCCUGUUGAUACGUGGAAUGAGAUUUUGCUAUAUCACAUGAAAACAAGGAUGUGAUCAAUUAAAGUCUCAUUUUUUUUUUAACCAGGAGUCUUCAAUUGUUUUACCAUGAAAUGGUAUAAUAUUAGCUGACUAAAUGCCAAAUCGUGAUUUAUUUUA